GCGCCCCCCGCAGCCCCGGGCGCCGCGCGUCCAGCCCGGCCUGCGGCCCCAGCCCUUGCGUCGCUCUCCCGACCCGCGAUCGUCCGCUGGACCGUGCCACCUGGCCGCUCGGCCUGCCCGCGUGUGUGUGUUUUGGUCUGGGCUGGCCUCCGGGCCGUCAGUCCCCACUGGUUGGGCCAUGCCGAGUCGCCGCGUCGCCAGAUCGUCCGCUGCGCCGGAGCUGGGGGCCUUGGGGGCCGCGGACCUCUCCUCGCUCUCGCUCGCCGUUUCCAGGACCACGGAUGAAUUGGAGAUCAUCGACGAGUACAUCAAGGAGAAUGGCUUCGGCCUGGAGGGGGCGCAGCCGGGCCCGGGCGAGGGGCUGCCGCGCCUGGUGUCUCGCGGGGCGGCCUCCCUGAGCACCGUCACCCUGGGCGCCGCGGCGCCCCCGCCCCCGGCCACGCCGCCGCCCUGGGGCUGUCCCCUGGGCCGGCUGGUGCCCCCGGCUCCGGGCCCCGGUCCGCGGCCGCACCUGGUCAUCACCGAACAGCCCAAGCAGCGCGGCAUGCGCUUCCGCUACGAGUGCGAGGGCCGCUCGGCCGGCAGCAUCCUCGGGGAGAGCAGCACAGAGGCCAGCAAGACGCUGCCCGCCAUCGAGCUCCGGGAUUGUGGAGGACUGCGGGAGGUGGAGGUGACCGCGUGCCUGGUGUGGAAGGACUGGCCUCACCGCGUUCACCCUCACAGCCUUGUGGGGAAAGACUGCACGGACGGCGUCUGCAGGGUGCGGCUCCGGCCUCAUGUCAGCCCCCGGCACAGCUUUAACAACCUGGGCAUCCAGUGUGUGAGGAAGAAGGAGAUCGAGGCCGCCAUUGAGCGGAAGAUUCAGCUGGGCAUCGACCCCUACAAUGCUGGGUCCCUGAAGAACCAUCAGGAGGUGGACAUGAACGUCGUGAGGAUUUGCUUCCAGGCCUCAUACAGGGACCAGCAAGGACAGAUGCGCCGGAUGGACCCUGUGCUCUCUGAGCCCGUCUACGACAAGAAGUCCACAAACACGUCAGAGCUGCGGAUUUGCCGAAUCAACAAGGAGAGCGGGCCGUGCACGGGUGGCGAGGAGCUCUACCUGCUGUGCGACAAGGUGCAGAAAGAGGAUAUAUCGGUGGUGUUCAGCAGAGCCUCCUGGGAAGGCCGGGCUGACUUCUCCCAGGCCGACGUGCACCGCCAGAUCGCCAUUGUGUUCAAGACACCACCCUACGAGGACCUGGAGAUUGUUGAACCUGUGACAGUGAACGUCUUCCUGCAGCGGCUUACUGAUGGGGUCUGCAGUGAGCCUCUGCCCUUCACAUACCUGCCUCGGGACCAUGACAGCUACGGUGUGGACAAGAAGCGGAAACGGGGGCUGCCCGAUGUCCUUGGGGAGCUGAAUAGCUCUGACCCCCAUGGCAUCGAAAGCAAACGGCGGAGGAAAAAGCCGGACUUCCUGAAUCACUUCCUGCCCAGCCACGGCUCAGGCCCGUUCCUCCCGCCAUCAGCGCUGUUGCCAGACACAGACUUCUUCCCGGGAACCGUAUCCCUCCCAGGCCUGGAGCCCCCCUGCGAGCCGGACCUCCUGGACGACGGCUUUGCCUACAACCCCGCUGCCCCCACGCUUUUCACCAUGCUGGACAUGCUGCCCCCAGCGCCACCACUCAGCAGCGCUGUCGCGGGCAAUGGGGGUGCAGGGGCCGCGGUGGGGGAGCCCCCCGGCCCCGAGCCGCUGACGCUGGACUCGUACCAGUCCCCGGGUACCGGGGACGGAGGCACUGCCAGCCUCGUGGGCAGCAACAUGUUCCCCAAUCAGUACCGCGAGGCGGGCUUUGGGGGCAGCCUCCUGUCCCCGGGGCCUGAGGCCACGUAGCCCCCGCGGCGCUGGAGGAGAGGCGCUGGGUGGGGAGGGAGGUGGAAGGGGCCGUGCGAACCCAAGCAGGAUAUCCAGCACCCCCAUACCCUUGGGCGGCCCUUGGUCAGUCUUCCGACGUUCUCAUCCUUCUGAAUCGGACAUCUUCAGCGCUGGCGAGAAACUCCGUAGCAUCGGUUUCCCCUGAGCCCAUUUUACAAGUGAGAAAACUGAGUCUGGAGAGGAAAGGGGGCUUGCGUGGCUCUCAAGCGCUAGCUUGUUAAAGCGGCUGCCUCAGCCCUCACAAGCGGGGGCACCUUCUCCAGGCGGAUUCUGUUGUGUACAUAUGGGAGGAGGGUACAGAUCCCCCGCCCUCCGUCCCCAGGCUUGAAGGUGGGGGGGUAGGUUGUUUGUUCUGAGUCUUCCCAAUAAAGCUGAGAUUUUGAGCCUUGGGGGUCUCUUCUCUUCUCCGCUUGAGAAACACCUGCGGCCCUUA